CAAAUCGAAAUUCGAAAUUCCCGGUAAGGCCAAAGGAGGAGAGAAGCCAUGGAUCAGUUGAUAAAACAGCUGCUACAGGGUGAAAUCUUCUGGUAUGAAACUACUCCUGCUCCACCUGUUAGGCAAAGCGCUUUCGUGCCAUAUCCAAAUGCACCCAGAAUUGGAUUGGGUUUGGAGAGCGCUGGUUGUAGUAAUGGAGUGAAUUCUGGAAACAUGAACAAGAGGAUGAUUGAAUUCUUGAUGAAGAGUUGGCCUACAACGAGAGAAACCAGAGACACCGAGAAAGAUAGGUGUUUCCGUCACAUGAUGAAUGAGAGAAUGAGAAGAGAGAAGCAGAAGAGAAGCUACUUCUCCUUGCAUUCUAUGCUCCCUCUUGGCACCAAGAAUGAUAAGAACUCGAUAGUUCAAGCGGCGACUAACAGAGUUCAAGAGCUGGAAUGGCUAAAGAAGGACUUACAGAAGAGAAACCAAGAGCUGGAGUCAAAUUUGGCUGCAAUGACUGAGGUUAAAAUCAAUGAAGGAACCAAGAUUACAGUAAGGUUAGACAAUCCAACAUCUGGGAUUGAUUCCAUGUUGGGGGUUUUGAAAUGCUUGAAGAAAUUGGAUUCAAAACCCAGAAUGAUCCAGUCAAAGUUCACUAAUCAAGAAUUCGUUGCAGUAAUGGAUAUUGAAACUGAGAUAAGAGCUGCCGAAAUGGAAAAGGCUGUAAAUAGAGCAUUGCAGGAAGCUGAGAGGAAGCUUCAGCAACGUUGGACCAGAUGCUAAACCCAAUGAAAGUUUAUCCAAUAUUUCUAAUCUUACAACAGGGGGAAACAGGCACGGAAGAAUAUAAGAUUAAGUCAAUUGACCAAACCUAAUUCCUUACUUAAUAAAUUGUAGCACAGUUACUGACGUGGGAAGCAUGGGUCAUUUCAGUUACUGAUUACUGGCUAGAAUUUUUGCUUGUUUAAAAUGUAACUCACCUGCUCAAUUUGAAUUAGACUUUUUUGUUUUUUAAUUUGUUGGUUUUAAAAUAUAAACGUUUAGCUUACACUUCCUACUCGGAUAUUUAAGCACGUUGAAGGUGUGCGCAGCUACUUGACUGGACUGCCAUGCGUGCUGACGUAAGAAUGCCUGGCUAGUCAAAACUCAGUACCGUGGUGUUCUGAUCUUGAAACGUUGCAAUUUACAGUCAGUGUUGGAUUGGUCGUCGAGGAACAGUAAACAGUUGGACUUUCAUCAAAUUCUAUUCAUCAUUUUUA